AUGAGCCGAGCCAGCAGCCAUUUCUGCGAUUUGGACUUCGACAACGACGAAGAAGACGAAGAAAAAGACGAGUUUUACGAGAAACCGCAGCAGCCACCUGUUCCAAAGAAACGCGCUUCAAGACUAUCGAUCAUACUUCUUGAUCAAGAACUCUUCACCGUUUACAAACGCCUCUUCGUCCUCUCGUUGUUUCUAAACGUCGUAGCUCUCGUUCUCGCAGCCACGGGACACUUCGCUUACGCUAGAUACAGAGCGGCUCUGUUUUCAAUCGCCAACAUCCUUGCCCUAACUCUCUGCAGAAGCGAAGCCUUCUUGAGACUCGUCUUUUACCUAACCGUAAAACUCCUCGGACGCUCCUUCAUCCCUCUCCGCGUCAAAACCGCGGUCACGUCGCUCUUACAAAGCCUCGGAGUCUUGGCUCCUCUACGCAUUGGUUCUCACUCUUAA